AUGUCAUAUUCCAAACAAUAUGAACCAGUUAGAGGUGAACCACCACAAUCCGAUUACGAGAUAAUCGACGUUGAUCCACAUUUCAACAGAGUGGUGUCAUAUUUCAGACCAGCAGAUUAUGCUGUAUGGGGUUUAACUGCCGCUGCAUUCCCCAUCAGUUUACAAGUUUGGGAAAGAUUAGAACCAAUGAACGGAUCAUUUAAACCACCAACUAAAAUCCCAGGUGGUACCUUAAGAGCCGCCACCUUAUUAGGAUUCAUAGGGGGAUUCUAUUUAUCUUAUGUUAAUUCAUCAAAAAGAUUUUUGGGAUGGUCAGAAAAUGCCAGAGAAGUUAAAAAGGAUAGAUAUGAAAUCAAAAAGUUAUUAUCUGAAGAAAAGUUACCAUAUCACGAAAAUGAAAGUAAAUUGGAUGACAGAUUAAAAGAUAUUGCCAAUAGAAAUUCCCAAUACUCAUUCACAAUGUUAUCAGUAUUACCGUGGUUUAACUUUGCUCAUCAUCCUUACCAUGGAGUUAAUAUCGAGAAAUAUUAUGAAACUAGACCGGGUGAAGAAGAAUGGGGGUUCAAAUUGAAACCUUACGAUGAAAUUAAAGCUAAAUACUAUAAAUAG